AUGUUACACGAGUUAAAAUUUCGCGUUUUAUCUCACAAUUUUAAUUAUAAAAAAGAAUUAGAUGAAGAGCGAAGGGCAAAAGAGGCUCAUGAGGCAGAAAUAAUAAGAGAAUUGGCAAAUUCUACAGCCCCAGCAUCUGAAACAAUAAAAACAUUGGCAUACAAAAAAUCUAUUGCUGUUUCUUCUUCAACAAGUAGUACUGGCAAAGAUUUCAUAUCAGGGUUGUCGCAAACUUCUUUAGAAGAGUAUGAUAGUGGAAUUGCUAUUAAUGAGUUGAUUGGAUUUAAAAAUAGAAAAAUGCCAAAAGAAGACACUUUACAAUUUUGA